AUGUCUGGAAUAGCAAGUACUCGUCUAACAGAAGAGCGAAAAGCGUGGAGAAAGGACCAUCCUUUCGGUUUCGUGGCAAGGCCGUCGAAAAACCCGGACGGCACGUUGAACCUGAUGAACUGGGAGUGCUCGAUCCCCGGCAAAAAGGGCACCCCUUGGGAAGAGGGCCACUACAAAUUGAGGAUGCUGUUCAAAGAAGAUUACCCGUCUAGUCCCCCGAAAUGCAAAUUCGAGCCCCCGCUGUUCCACCCGAACGUCUACCCAUCAGGAACCGUUUGUUUGUCUCUAUUAGACGAAGAAAAAGACUGGCGACCGGCCAUAACCAUCAAGCAGAUUCUAUUGGGCAUACAGGAUCUGCUGAACGAACCCAACGUAAAAGACCCCGCCCAGGCCGAAGCUUACACCAUUUACUGUCAGAACCGCUUAGAAUACGAGAAGAGAGUGCGAGCCCAAGCGAGAGCCAUGAGCCAUCAGGAGAGUUAA